AUGGCAUUGGACGUGCUCCUCAGGCUGCUGAUCCUCGCGGCCGUCGCGAGCGCCAUGCCGGUGCCGGGCCCCACGGACCCCGCCGCCGCCGGGCUCGCCAUCGGGUUCUACAACAAGACGUGCCCGAAAGCGGAGGAGCUGGUGCUGGAGGAGAUGCGGGACAUCGUCCACGAGGACCGGACCCUCGGCCCGGCGCUGCUGCGGCUUCUCUUCCACGACUGCUUCGUCAGGGUGCGUGCUGCGCUGCUUCUUUGCCGUGCCGUGCCGCGUCGCGUGCACGGGUCGUCUGAAUGUGUUUCGCUUAACUUGAACUGGAUGCGUGGUCUGCAGGGGUGCGACGGGUCGAUCAUGCUGAAAUCGAGGAGCAAGAAGGGGGAGAGGGACGCCAUGCCGAUGAGCUACAGCCUCCGCGGCUUCGAUGAGGUCGAGAGGAUCAAGGCGAAGCUGGAGGACGAGUGCCCGCUCACCGUGUCCUGCGCAGACAUCAUCAUCAUGGCCGCGCGGGACGCCGUGUACCUGAGCAACGGGCCACGGUUCCCGGUGGAGACCGGGCGCCGGGACGGCAAGGUGUCCCUGUGCAUCGACGCCGAGAACGACCUGGCGCCGCCGCACGCCAACAUCGUGGACCUGAAAACCUACUUCAGCGUGAAGAACCUGUCGUGGAAGGACCUGGUGGUGCUGUCGGGGAGCCACACGAUCGGGAGGGCGCAGUGCGCGGCGUUCGCGCCGGACCGGCUCUACAACAACAGCGGCCUAGGGGUGCAGGACCCGACGCUGGACAAGGCGUACGCCCCGGAGCUGCGGGAGAGGUGCGAGCCAGGGAACAAGGAAGACGAAACGCUCGUCGACAUGGACCCCAAGAGCCCCUACGAGUUCGACCUCAGCUACUACCGGGACGUGCUCAGCAACAAGACCCUGUUCGUCUCCGACCAGGCGCUGCUCGACGACAGGUGGACGAGGGACUACGUGGCGAGGAUGGCGGCCGCCGAGUCGACGGAGGAGUACUUCGAGGACUACGCCGCCGCCAUGAUCAACAUGGGCAGGAUGGAGGUGCUCACCGGCGGCAACGGGGAGAUCAGGAAAUUCUGCAGCGCGUACGUUGACUAA